AUGGAGUGUUCCUUGUGGUCUCCUGACAUUGAAGAAGAAAUAAUUCCACUCUGUAGAGAACUAGGCAUUGGAAUAGUGGCAUACAGCCCUCUUGCCCGUGGCUUUUUUGCAGGAAAGUCAGUAGUAGAAACCUUGCCUAGUCAGAGCUUGCUGAACUUUGAAAACAACAUUGGAUCUCUGAAUGUGAAGCUUACGGAAGAACAGUUAAGGGAAAUUUCUGAUGCAGUCGCUGUUGAGGAAAUUGGUGGUAAACGAGACUACAGUAGUUUAUCACAAUAUAUGUGGAAGUUUUCAACUACUCCGCUAAAGUAA